UUACAUCACUCCUCUCAGAGCCCUUUGUCCAAAAUUGAAGUUUAUUUCCAAAUUUUUAAUAAUAUAACUAAUGCAAUAUAAAGACAAAAGAAAAAAACAAACAAAAUGUGUCUCAAGGGUUUUUGCGGCUACUUUUCCCUCUACCUUGGCUGCGUUUUCAUCGGAGUUACGGGCGUGAUUGUGGCAGUGCUGGUUUUUUCCGUGGCCCUCUUCGAGCUCAUAAAGGACCAAGAGCAAGGGUUCUACGUCAAGAUAAUUGCGAUGGUAUUUGCCCUGGUCUUUGGCGUGGGCAGAGUAUGCCUGCUCUUCGGCACGACGUGGGACAGGUGCUGGGCCAUCAUGUUUGCCUUCAUCAUUGGUCUCGUGUCCUUCGCCCUGCUAAUUGCUACGAUGGUGUUUUUAUGCAUGUCGAGGAAAGAACCUGUGUACUACUUGAUCGGCUCCAUCCUGGCCAUACUGGAGGUGUACAAUCUGUGGCUCAUCCUCUCCACCUGGUGGUGCUGUCGAUCUUGCACGCAGGACUGCUAAGAUUCAUUGUUUAUUGUUAUUUUUUAAUAAUUUAGCACAGUAUAAA